AAGUGGCCCGAAAAAAGUGCGCCGUUGCCCUACUCCUCCAUUCUGUGCAAAACCAUCGACAUUGUCUUCCCACCCUCUACGACACGCCCUCUAGUUACGGUACCUCUCCGGAGAAGGAUAAUUCAAGAUGGCGACCGAGUUGACCGUCCAGUCGGAGCGUGCUUUCCAGAAGCAGCCUCACAUCUUCUUGAACUCCAAGACCAAGACCAAGAGCGUCCGACCGGGCAAGGGUGGACGACGAUGGUACAAGGAUGUUGGUCUGGGUUUCCGUACCCCCAAGACUGCCAUUGAGGGCAGCUACAUCGACAAGAAGUGCCCCUUCACCGGCCUCGUCUCUAUCCGUGGCCGUAUCCUGACCGGCACCGUCGUUUCCACCAAGAUGCACCGAACCGUCAUUAUCCGAAGAGAGUACCUUCACUACAUCCCCAAGUACUCUCGUUACGAGAAGCGACACAAGAACCUUGCCGCCCACGUCUCUCCUGCUUUCCGUGUUGAGGAGGGUGACCAGGUUACCGUUGGCCAGUGCAGGCCUCUCAGCAAGACUGUCCGCUUCAACGUCCUCCGCGUUCUGCCCCGAACUGGCAAGGCGGUCAAGUCGUUCACCAAGUUCUAAAUUGGGUUUCUCUACUGGCAUUUUUGGCGUGAUAAACAUCAGGGGGGAAUAAGUCAUCCCCGCUGGAGGGUCGGCAUGGGAAGUUGCUUUACAAAAUGAGUUGUAGACGCAAUCGUGAAUAAAAAGGAUUCAUGACCACGAUCUCGACGUCUCAGGAUUGUUUACGACGCUUAAUUCGAUUCCCAAUCAUGGAGCGCGAUGCAAAAGAAAUCUUGAUGAUGAGGCCCUCAGGUGAUGAAUGAAUAAAAACCCAAUGUUUAAAUAUCAACAAAAGGUUUCUCGUU